CCCCGGCGUCACGCGCCGCGCCGGGCUGGGAGGGCGCCGCGCAUGCGUACCCGCACGCGCCCCGGCACAACGCCUCGCAGGGAAGGUCCAUCCAUCCAUGUGUGUCCACUCUUCCUUGGGAGAUGUCCAGUGUAUCCAGUUAUGCGCUUCGAAUGGCCCGGCUGAGUGCUCAGAUAUUUGGAGAAGUUGUCAGGCCAACUGACUCAAAAUCUAUGAAGGUAGUGAAGUUAUUCAGUGAGCAGCCUUUGGCCAAGCGGAAAGAGGUCUACAACUGGUAUCCUCCUCACAACACCUACUAUGCCCUCAUGAAGAAACUCCGUUACUUUGGUCUCUACAGGGAUGAACAUCAGGACUUUAAGGAGGAGAUGAGACGAUUGAAAAAGCUCCGUGGAAAGGAAAAACCAAAGAAGGGGGAAGGAAAGAGAGCUCUCAAGAAGAAAUAAUACCACUUGGACAAUGCAAUGAACUACUCUGGAAAUGCUGGAUAACAGCUAUCACCCACACGUUGCGUUCCCAGCUGGAGAGGGCUUGGCGGGUGAGCUGCAUGUGGGUCAUGAGAAACACACCGUGAAAUACUGGGGUCCACCUUGGCAGUGCACUUGUCUGUGUUUUUUCUCGGUUUUAAAUUUCUGUGAUUUAAUUAUGCUGUGUGUUGCAGCACAUUGGUUUGUCAGAGCCCUCUCUCAUCCAAGUAGUAAAAACAAUAGUAAAAAAAAAUAAGCACUCAGUGUUUUUCUUUCCAUCACUUAUAGCCAUUUCAGUAUUUCUGGAUCUGGAAAAUCGUUUACUUUUCAUUGUCUGUUUUACUUUCUUGCAUUAAUAUCAUGCUCUUCUGCAAGUGGCCACAAAAAAAAUAAGGUUUCCUGCUUCUACUGCUGCUUGUCAUCUCACCUGUUAUAACGAGUUUCAUUUCAGGUAGCUUUAGCAGUAGUUUUUUUAAGCUGCUGCUGGAAUCUGCUGUUCAGCAUUUUGCACUGGACAAUACUUAAUGGUCUGUUGCCUGUCCACAGCACUUUCAUUCACCCUGAAUAUUUUGGUGCUGCACCAGAAGAGGCUGGAAUACGAAGAUUCAAACUUUUCCAGUCUGAGACCCCCUACUAAUGAAAAUACAAUAUUUAAGUUUACUAUAAUAAAAGGAUUUUGAACUUAUUUUGAUUGACCAGAGGACAUGUAUGAAGUUCUUCAUAAGGUGAUGAGAGCAGUGUUACUGGUACUUAGUGUGUAGUUUUAUCACUAGUCUCUUUCAAUGUUGCUAAUAGUAAUGAUUGCAUACAUCUACCAUUCUCACCUAUCAGUCUCUGUCAGGGAACAGAAGUACAGAAUGCGUCUGUGCUACUCUGCCCGGGCACAUGUGCAUCUUGCUGGCAUCUUUUAGUUUCCAGACCACAUAAGCUUAGAGGAACGUCUUUGAGGUAAUAAAAAAAGAGAGCUAUUAAAAACGUAGAGUGACAGAGCAGAGAGUAUUUGCAGUUUGGGGUUAGCUUGGGGUAUGCUUGAUUUUGCAUAGAGAGGUGUUCAGAAGUAGGGAGCAGUACUAACCUGUGUUCAAAUUUAAGUGUAUUUAAAGGGAUCUGUCAGAUCAUUGAAAUUAAUGGAUCUAUAUAAAUUUACAGCUCAACAACUGUACUUAGACAAGGUUAUUCAUUGGAGAGGUGCUGAUGGCAUUAAAGGUGUUUCUGGUGAGCUGUGUAGUUCUUGUUCAUAUAAUUUCGGAAUGUUACUUGGUUUUCUAAACUCUGAGAAGCCGACUUUAAAAAAUCUGCAGUGUUGUGGGAGAAGCGCAUGAGUUCUUACUGCAGCCAACAAAAUACUACAGAAGUUAGUGAAAUAUAUAGCCACUCUUCACCAUAGUGGUAAGUUUCUCUCUCAUUCUCAUUUAAAAUCCUUUUAGCAACUUACAUGUUUUGCUAAACUCUAAUAUGCCAAUAGCAUUUUAGUGUUCUACGGGUUGCAGUUUUUUUGGUACUGAAAUAUACAGAGCCUGGAAUGGGCCCUUCCAAAAAGUACUUGGUUCCUGGGACAUGUGCAUGCAACUGAGGGGAAGCGAUCUGGUUCCCUUGAAUUUCUCUUCUACAAGGAAGAGUGGCAUGGAGCUCCAUACUGGCUAGGAGAGGGAAUUCCCCGAGCAGGAAGGCUACUGCUGCCUGGCACUGAUCCGACUGAAGUCACUGAAGAGUGAAGUCACUCAGUGGAAAGACCAGUUCUGAACCUUUUCAGCAGAAUUACUGUGGCAGCUUUGGACAGCUUGGAACUGUACUUAAAACAGUUUUGUUGGCAAGAACCUGAAGAUCAAUAAAAAUGUUUCCCCUGCAAUUUAAGAUGAAAAAACAACAGCGUCUUUAUUUGUCCCUGUGAAGCACUUAAGGUGUUGACAGUAUAAACAUGCAAGAGACAGAAAGUGUGCCUGCAUCAAAAGUGAUUUAUGUUCCUGCUCCAUAAGAAAGCAUGCACGGCCUUAGACUUUGUGGGUAUGGGGAGACCUUGUUACGAGUAUACAUGUAAUAAUACAUAAAAUACUUAAGCAGCAUGAUUGGCCAUCCUUAUGCUUCCAAAUCCACAUUUAGCCUACUUAAGGACUGAGCACCUACAGAGCCCACUAAGGGCAGUGAAUGCUACAGGUAUUUUGUAUCUUAGUGUGCUACCUUGCUAGAGACAGAUAUGGACUCAGCAGUGUAAUAUCAAAUAAUUACGCCUGGGGAUCAGAUCCAUUCUUACUUUUCUGCUCCAAGCUGCCUGUCUAUUUAUGGAUUUUGAGAAGCUGCUGUCAUGAACAGGAAAGCAAAAGGCUUGUUUGGCAUGUCAUCUAUAAUGAUCCUCGUUGCCUGCAACCUGCCAGAGCAAACCUGCUCUACAAGCAAAGCAUCACACUUUGGGAAGAUACUUGGAGCAGCAUAUCCAAAAAGAGAGAGGAACUUUUGGAAGUGCCUGUCAAGGAAGCAGAUGGGAAACAAAUGGACUGAAUUGUUGACUUUUAUUUUUUUCUACAUGGUGUUUACAAAAGCAAAGUAGGUGGAGUGAAGAAAAAUGAUACCUUUAGCAGUAUAAGUAGAAUAAAUGUUCCCCUGCCUAUUUUUUUUCAUGAUCUUGUUAUACUUGUUUGUUAGAACUAGGUAUUCUCAAAAAUGGCUGUUUCCCCUCCCCUGAGCCUUCACUGUAAAGUAACAGCCAUUCAGCCGUUACUGGAGUAUAUCCUAGCAUUAGGUUAAUCCAUUGCUUGCUGUGCGUGUUAGUGUAACUGCUUGUUCCCGAAAAUACAGCCUUCUCCUCUCCAUAGCUGGGAUAGAAAUAGGUACUUUCUUUCGUCCCUCCUAAAUCAUGCUCUGUCAUUUAGGAAGACGUUGCCUGAAGAUUGUGAAUUACAGGGUCUAGACAAAUUACAAGUCAGUCCUGUAACAUCAUGCCAGUAAUUAAUGCAGGAUGUGUAUUUAGGAGGUGAAGGAGAGUUUCAGCCUUAUUCUGAGGGGUAAGAAUGGGAACACUUGCACUUUAUACAGCUGUUGGUAUAGUCCCAUAUCCGAUUUAUGGUACAAAUAAUCAAGUUCAAUUACAUUUUUAUUUUUGGCUUUUCCUUUACAAUGAUUCUUUUCACCUUUCAAACUUGGCUGUGUUUUGUUGCAAAAUUCCCUCUUCCCAAGGGUGAAAGCUGCCCAUCCUCACAGUUGUUUAGACUGGUGUUUUAAUUCUUGAUUGGAAUUUGCCUGGUUGAGGUGAUCUGAGGGACAAACUGAGAGUCAAAACCCUUACCUCUUCCCAGUCCUUAACAGCUUUACUGGGUACCACUGCUUCCUUAUUUUACAGUGCUUUAACUAUUUGUCUUUAAUUGUACAGUUGUAUAAUAUAGUCGUAGUUGCUGAGUACUGCCUUGAUAAUUAAAAGUUAUUUUCUUUAAUUACGUAGCGAGUCCACUGGAGGGCCACAAAGAGGAUUAGAAGGCUGGAGCACUUCCUCCAAGAGGACAGGCUGAGAGAGUUGGAGUUGUUCAGCCUGGAGAAGAAAAGGCUCCAGGGACACUCUACAGCAGCCUUCCAGUAUUUAAAGGUGGCCUACAGGAAAGCUGGGGAGGGGCUCUUUAUCAGGAACUGCAGAGAUAGGAUGAGGGGGAAUGGUUUUAAGCUGAAAGAGGGGAGAUUUAGAUUGGAUAUUAGGAAGAUUUUUUUUUUUUUUACUGUGAGGGUGGUGAGGCACUGGAACAGGUUGUCCCAUCCCUGGAGGUGUUCAAGACCAGGUUGGUUGAGGCUUCUCGAGCUAUCUGAUCCAGUGCAAGGUGUCCCUACCCAUGGCAGGGAGGUUGGAACUGGAUGAUCUUUAAGGUCCCUUCCAACCCAAAUGAUUCUAUGAUGAUACUACCAUGCUUUGUAAUGGGGGCAGGCAAUAAAAAGAAAAGCAGUCUUGCUUUCUGGCAGAGGCACCAGUGUGUUAAAAUAUUUGUGCUUUCCUUGGGAAAGUAUUAACAUGAAAAAAAGUGUCUCCUAAUGUGGAAGGAGUUUCUUCUACAUAUUAAAGCAAUACAUUGAGUUUACAGAAGUUAGGAAAAUACACCUGGGUUGCUCUAUGAUUUUAGACAAAUGCUUUGUCUUACUUGUCUACAUUUCCUCAAGAGUAAAAAUAGAAUAGUGAUCGCUUAGUGAGUAGUGCCACAAGGGUAAGCUGCUUCUAAGGUGGGAAUUUACCUCAAGAGAACCUUGUGUAAAGAGCAGCUUAGUCUGGCUAUGGUAGGACUUGUCCCUCUGUGUAUUUAAGGGCUGUAUUACAGCAAGAUGAUUGAAUACAACAGUUGAUGACAUAUUUAACACAUAAAAUAAGAUGUGGCAAGUUGCUCUGUUCUACUCUAGGUGAUAAGAGAUUUCAAAUGCUGAAAAAAAUAUUGGUUUGGUCUGAAAGUAAAAAUUGGAAAGAAAUAAUCACAGAUACCUCUUAAACUGUAAAUAUUUUUGACAUUUUAAAGACUGUGUGCAUAUUCCUCUACCACUUUGAGUUUGAAGGCCAUUUUAGGAUCAUUUUUAAAAACAACAGUCAACAAAGUCUAUAUAUUUUGGGUAAGCUUCAUGAAUCUGAAAGGUUACUUUGAUGAGGGAAUGACUGUGUUUUGUAAUUUUUUUUCUUUUUUUUUAAAGCACAAAUGGUAGUAUAAAAAGAAAACAAGUGCUGUGGGGAUCUCAGAUUGAUUCCUUUAAACUCCGUUCUCCUCUGUAACUGAUUGUGACACUUCCUGUGCAAUCCCUUAGGAUUAGAACCUGGAAACAAAAUCCUCUUUCUUUGUUAUCUGGAAAACUUUUAUUGUAAAUCCUGC